CGACAAGGGCUCGUCUCUUCACAAGUCCUCAGCCGAGCCUCACGAAGCGUCUUCGAGCCCGACCAUGUUCCAGAUCGCCUGCAUCCUGGCGCUGGGGGUGGCCGCCUGCUGGGCGCGGCCUCAGCUCGCCAACACGUCGCCCAUCCCCAUCAUCAGCUACGAGAACGAGGGCGUCAACUUCGACGGCUCCUACAAGUGGAGGUACGAGACGGCCAACGACAUCCAGGCGGAGGAGACGGGCUUCGUGAAGAACCUGGGCCAGCCCGAGCAGGAGGCGCAGGUGGCGCAGGGCUCGUACUCGUACACGGACCCGGACGGCGCGCGGGUCUCGCUCACCUACACGGCGGACGAGAACGGCUACCGGCCGGAGGGCACGCACCUGCCCGUGCCGCCGCCCAUCCCGGAGGCCAUCUUGCGCGCGCUCGCGUACAACGCCGCGCACCCCGAGGAGGACGAGUCGGCCGGCGCACCGCAGCCCGCCGGCGCAUUCAACCGCCGCUACUGACCACCCCGUCAGCGCCACAACCCACAUUUCAACUACAUCAUCCAGCCAUCACCUCUUAACACACAUCGGUAGGAACACCUGUAUUUCGCGAUUUCAUUUCAUGUCAAGGUAUUUCACAAAACAUUGUAGCUUUUUCUAAGAGUCAUGGCUAGCGACUGGCAAAAAUUCGCGGUUUGAAUGACCUCUAGGAUGGACUCCACGAUCCUCUAUGUACGCGGGAAUAUUACACCAGCUCAUUGGCUACUGAGUUGUGACAUCUGCUAACUGGGAUGCUUAUGAUUCGAUACUUCUUACGUUGAGGGUCAUUCAUUGGCUGACAGUCCCUCAGGCAAAUUGUGUUCCAAUCACUGAAGCGGCAAUAAGUUACACGCACUUGGAUUCUAGCCUAUCGCGAAAUGAACCCGUGAAUUUUUCCUGUCUCUAGUCAUGGCUAGAGACCUGCAAAAUUCGCGGAUUCAUUCGUUGAUAGGCUAAAAUUCAAACACAUAUACCUCUUAGAUAAUUUUGCUAUUGGCUUACUGUCCAUCUGGACGAAUCUCUACCAGUUAUAAACCCUCAACCAAAGAAGGAUCUAAUCACAGACAAACCAGCUGAAACGACUUACAAGUCGGCAGCCAAUGAACUUGCGUUAUUUGCCCGAGUGUACAGGGGUAUGUGCAGUCUUUUCCUGAAGGCCAUCGAAACCGCGAAUUUUUCAGGUCUCUAGUCAUGACAAAUUGUGAGGGUGCAGCAGUACGGUGACCACAUUCUCAUUGGCCCCGUCAAGAGCGGGACGACACCUCUCACCGACCUCAGCCAAUAACCACAGGAGAAAAGCUACAGUAUUUUGUGAAAUACCUUGACACGAAAUGUAUUCGCGAAAUACAGGUGUACCCUACACACAGAUUAAAAAUUUUUUUUUUUUAACGUUAUAAAUUCUUUCUUCUUCGCAGUUUCUGAGCCCCAAGCUUUAUCUCCCGAACGAAUCAACAUCUCAAUAAUGCUCGUGUUCCAAAUGGUUGAUAAAAAAUCCGAACGCUCAAUUUCCAUUGUUAACGACAUCUCGCCUUGAUUCCAAUGUCUCACUUCACUAUGUGUCAAAUUGCUACCCUCAAUAACACUUCGUUUAGGAAUAGUGAUGGGGAAAAAACGUUGCAAUAUAUUCCACCUCGUACACGUCUGUCACGUGACUAGUGCAUCGGCUAAAUUAAAAAAAAAAAUAGCUGACGUAAACGUUCACCAUUUUCGGACUAACGUGAAUAAGGUAGCCGCAUACCAUACCAAAAUAAAUUCAUGACUAUCCAAUAACCAACAGGCCAUACUACAAAAUCAUAUUUAGGUUUGAUUUUUUUUUUUAAUUUUCGCGGUUUCCAAUUGAUACAUGUUCAUUAUUUCGGAGAGAACUAAUAUAUCAGUAAAAUUUAUAGAACCCAUUUAACUCAAAAUGUGAGAGUUACAGAAAAGAAGUAUUUGUUUUGAUUAUUUUAUCACAGCUAAAAUAUUAACAUGUAUGAAUUUACAAUAAUAACAACAAAUCGUGUAUUUUACUAUCCAAAAUACAUUUCCUAGCUGCUGUUCUUUUUUAUAAACGAAUUGAUUGAAAUAUUUUUCAUAUAUAAACAUACGCACAGUUAGUUUGUUGGUUAUCAUGAACUUGGUAUUUUGGGAUGAAUUUCAUUUUAGAGUAUUUAAUAAUACUAUAGUUAGUUUCAAUGAUUAGAAACCUAUCUACCAAUGUUCAAAAUAGCUACAUAGAACACCACUCGUUUCAUAAACAGAUAAACACAUAUCAAUUUUAAUGUUUCGUGUUGCUUGCUUUUCAUAAGCUACAGAGUAGCCUAAAUAUUGAAAAAUAAUUUUUUGUAUGUUUGUAACAUACGGCAUACCAUUAAUAACUAAAGAAAAGCAUUUUAAACUGUUUUGUGAAAUAAGGAUAUUUCAACUUUUGAAUAAAUGUUUGCAACGGAGUUAUUCCACAAAAAAUUCAAGAAGCAUAUUUGAAUGCUUAUUUCAUAUAAAUUUUUAUUAUCAGUAUUUAUUAUUCCAGGAAACCAUAUCUUCCUGUUUUGUGUAAUGUUUUUGUACUGUAAUACUGCCAUGAUUGCAAAUGUGAAAAUAAAAAAAUGUAGUUAUAGUUGUAAUGUCA